UACUUUUUACAUAGGCAAUUAUAAAAGUUUAACGGUAGACGAUCAGGAGAGCACACGCGAGCUCGGUCGUUUGCUGCGCUGUGACCGCCUAAGCUUAACGCAUACAUUCCAUCACGCAUCCAUGCAGGUGGUUUCGAUUAUUACACAUGUACUACCAAUUACGGCGUAGCAGACGAAGGAAAUCAAAUCAUAUAAGAAUAACGUUUAAAAGAUAUUCAACAUUAUGGAGACUGAUAUGCAACACUUUCAUGAAAACCAUCAAUUUCAUUAUCAGUGUACCGGUGAUUCUUGUACUACUCCUCGUAAUGCCAAUUACAUUAAUGUUCAAAUGGAUCGUCUCUUUUGUCCAUCGUAUCGCUAGUUUAGGAGUCUUAGGUAAUCUAAUGAGCAAUGACGAGAUACGUUGGCUGGGUGAUAGUUGGUCUCAAUCUACAGUGUUUGUUGUAUUUGUUCUCGAUUCUGAGAUUGAACUUGGCUAUCUACAAGAAUUGGUAACCAAAAGAGUAUUGUCAAAAUGUCCGCGACUGAAAGAACGGCCUGUAGUGCUUACAAAUGUUUUUGGGAAUUCUUAUUGUUGGAUGUCCGAGGGCGACUCGUUCAACAUAAACCACCACGUCUAUAAUAUAAGCACACGUCCGAUGGAAAAGAGGGAAAUCCAGGGAUAUAUUAGUCAAUUAGUCUCAAGAGGUUUAUCGAUUGAAAAAUCACCAUGGGAGUUGCAUUUACUGUCACAAAAUAACGAGUCCAUGAACGGAAAAAGAGACUCGGUCGUUAUAUUUAUUGCUCAUCGUUGUUUGGCAGAUUGGAUGUCUCUAGCAAAAUUAUUGUGCACAUGUUUGUCAGAUACGAAGACCUACUACCAUUUAUCCGAUAAGCCGACAAAAAUACGAUAUUUGACAAGUAUUUUGAGGACCAUAAUGACAGGACCUGCUGAGCUUUUAUGGAAAAUGAUCAGCACCAUAAAAGACAACAGCCUUGUUACAUCUGACUCGCUAUCUCUAAAUUACAAUGUUAAUUGGUCUUGUUUUCAAGGCGCUUUAAGUAAAUUAAACCGAAUUAAUCAAGUUACUAAAACACCUCACAACUACAUAGUAUUGUCAGCAGUAGCCGGAUCAAUACAUACAAUGAUGAAAUUAUAUAGAAUGGAACAAUUGGAUAACAUGAACAUCGUUUAUCCAAUUCAAAUAGGGAACAAUGAUUAUACAUCUCCAGUUCUAGUACAGUUACCUACUGGGAUCGAAGGCGCCAUUCCAAGAUUAUGGUUCACUAAAAAAGCAAUGAAAAAUAUGUAUCGAUCCGAUCAGUCGCUGCUACAAGCAAUUGUCUCUCUAUUAAUGCCUCUCAAUGCAUCAGGGACUAGAAUGCUGUUAUCCGAACUUACUGAUAAUUUGGCUAGCGUUCAGUUCAGUUGGUUAGCUGGUCCUAGAUCAAGAGUUUUAAUUAAAGGAUCACCAUUGAAAACUGUUUAUUCUAUCUUACCAUCUCAGAAAAAUAUUGGCGUGUCGAUAUCGGUGUUUAUAUAUACUGACGAUUUAUUUGUUAGUGUUGCAGUAGACAACGCCAUAGGGGAGGCAUUCGGCAAAACUUUGUUGAAAAACAUUAAACAACAAAUCGAUCAAAUGUAUGAGUUACUGAGAUAUAGAAGACUUUCAAAGGAUACCAAGGUAAUUUCAUCGUUACCCAGUCAUUUUAAAGAUUUGGCAGCGAUAACUAUAAGAGACUUAGUCGUAAAAAUGAGAGACAUUCAGUUGCAGCUUCAAAUGUCAAAGGAAUUAGGUGCUUUCGACGACGAUGCCAUUAGGUACGUAAAUCAGCUCAAAGAAGAGUACUUAACAUUGCUCCGGGAAUUACGCAAGAGAAAACAAAUUGGUCAAAGGAAAGGAAUAUUUCAAACGUGUAAUUUUACUAAAUAUUGUACUGACAUUCUCGAACGUCAAGUUGGAGAUACUUCACCGUUGCAGACUUCAGUAAGAGUCAGAGAAAUGAAAAACUUAUUAGUUACACAAACUACUCAAGAAUACCGACCAAGAAUACAUAUUUGCAGAGCUGAAAAAUACGAAAAAGAGAAUUUUUUAAGUCUACCGAAAAUCCCAAGGAAACCAAUAAUCACUCAGAUAUAAUUUUUUUCUGAGGAACACUAAGAGUUAAUGGAUACUAAGACCAAUUUUAUAGAAACUUAUGCUCACAAAAUAUGAAAUUCCAAUUAAAUAUAGCUAUAAACACCAA